AAUGCCGGAAGGUCAAGUAAGUUGGUGACCUGCCCGAAGAAAAACGAACGUUGCUAUUUCACCUUCACCACAGCGAAGCCUUCAAGCUCUUCCACCGCCCCUGAUCACCCCGCAAUGGCCACCGGCACCAGCAUGCGGGUGACGGUGCUUGACUGCCUGGUGCACGGGAACUCGCUCUUCACGCUCCUCGUCCUCAAUGAAACUCAUUUUCGAGCAAAAAUAUAAAAAGGUUUCGUGGAAAAAGAUGUAGACGCAACCAAAGAUGAUAGGAAGGAGUGUGAAUCCAUAGUCCAAGAUAAUGACUUCAGUCCGACUGAGCACGGACGACAACGACUCAUUUUUCAGUCCGAAGAAAAAUGGACAACAUCGGUCAAAUCGCCACCUGCCUCCACCAUUACCUUCACCCCAGCAAAGUUUGCGACCUCCCCUUCUUCAUCGCCCUGAUCACCCCGCGAUGGCCUCAGGCACGAGCAUCCACGUGACGGCGCUCGACUGCCUGGUGCACGUGAACUCCCUCUUCACGCUCGCCCUCUUCCUCGGGCUCGCCUGGAACCCGUGGGACCCGAACAACACCCUCAACCAGGACCCCCGGUGCGCCGCCGGCCCCGCCGUCAAGCGCGACCUCAUCACCUUCGAGGUCUUCUCCUUCGGCUCCUUCCUCUUCUCCAGCGUGGUCGCUCUCGCCCUCAAGCAGGCUAUCCGGAACACGCAGUCUUCGAGCCACCACCAUGGGGGACUGGUCUGUCGGAUCAACCAGGAUGUGCUGCGGCUCGGGAUGUUGGUGUCUGGGGUCGGGUCGGUCAGUGGAUCCGUGUGCCUGAUGCUGGCCCUGAUCAAUGUAGUGCAGAUCAAGCUCGGGACACUGGCUUGUGGGAGCGCGCACAGCUUCGCAGCGGUUGUGCCGCUCUUGAUUUUCGUCCCCGUGGGGCUUUUCGUACAUAUAUGCAUCAUCAUGUAUGCUUUUACUCAUUAGGGUUUGGAUUAGUUCGUCGUGGUGAUGGAUAUGGAUUGUAGAGAGUAGGUGGCUAUCCGAAAUGCGGAAAUCAACCGCCAGUUAUGCUUCUGUUGAUUCCUCUAAUCGAUAUCCAUCAGGAAUCUUGUGUGGACUUAUACAUUCAUAGAAGUUUCGAUAUCAUAAUCAUGCGAAUUUUGCUC